GCGCCGCCGCCGCCGCUGCGCGCGCACCUGCCCCGCUACGGGGUCUCCGCGGCCGCGCCCAGGGCGGGGCGGGGCGGCGCGCGAGGGACGACGGGAAGGGCAGGGUCGGCACAGCCAUGAGCGCCCGUGCGGCAGCAGCAGGACCGAUCUUUGCCGAUGGCGAGGAUUGCCGGGCAGCUUGGCGGGAUGCGGCAGCCGGCUACGAUGUGCCCGAUGCCCACCUGGAGAUCCUGGGGAAGCCGGUGAUGGAGCGCUGGGAGACUCCCUACAUGCACUCUUUGGCAGCCGUGGCCGCAUCGAGGGGUGGCCGUGUGCUGGAGGUGGGAUUCGGCAUGGCCAUUGCUGCCACCAAGGUGCAGGAGUUCAACAUCGAGGAGCACUGGAUCGUGGAGUGCAAUGAGGGGGUUUUCCGACGGCUGGAGGAGUGGGCCAGGACGCAGCCACACAAGGUUGUGCCGCUCAAGGGGCUGUGGGAAGACGUGGUGCCAACGCUGCCGGACGGGCACUUCAGCGGGAUCCUGUAUGACACCUACCCGCUGUCGGAGGAGACCUGGCACACGCAUCAGUUCAACUUCAUCAAGGGCCAUGCCCUCCGCUUGCUGCGGCCCGGCGGGGUCCUCACCUACUGCAACCUCACCUCCUGGGGGGAGCUGCUGAAGACCAAGUACACCGACAUCGAGAAGAUGUUUCAGGAGACCCAGGUAGGGCACCUGGUGGAGGCCGGGUUCAAGAAGGAGAACAUCAGCACGAAGGUGAUGGACCUGGUCCCUCCGAAGGACUGCCGGUACUACUCUUUCCACAAGAUGAUCACACCCACCGUCGUGAAGCACUGAGGCUGCCCCAAAGCCGCAGGAAGGAAAUGCUAGGAGGAGAGGCUGAUUAUGUGCGCUGUGAGGAGGAGAAAAGCUCUUAUCUCCUGUAAUGCUAAUGAGAGAAAAUUGAAGCUGAUUUACCUGGAGACAGGAGAUGGCUGGAGGCUUGUGAUGGAAAUCCCAAGGGCACCUCCCUGGACAAGAGGACCGAGGUGAUGCUCUGAAGGCAUCUCCUGGGCUCCACCAAGGAAGAUCCCAGCCUGCGUCCUUCCCAGAGGCUGGUCUCUAUGCCAGACUCAGCUGCAUCUCCAAAAACCUCCCUGAAGCUGCAAUUCAAGAACGUGGCUGAGUGCCUUUGGCCAAGGGGGUCCAAGGACGAGAGGUUUCCCCCUAAAUACUGCACCAUCUUUAGAAGUCCCAGAGUGGCCUUCCACACACGAGCCAAAUCCUCUAAACCGAGCGGGUGGAAGGAGACAGCUGCAGGUGUUUUAUCAGAACUGGGUUCCGGCUGCUCCCAGAGCAGCUCCCCGGUGAAGUUUCUCCAUGCUUUUGGUUAAAGCCUUCGCAGCCAGUUCCGAUUCCAACAAACUCUUUGCAGUUCAGUAGCACAUAAAUGAUGUUUCCUCUCUCUACCCAGAAGGGAUAAAAUCCAUUAAAAGGAAUUAAUCACA